CCGAUCCGGCAACGCCGCUUUUCACCGAGGGCAGUAAACCUACCUGUGGUACCUGUUUUACCUGAAUCACACACCUGCAUCUCUCUUCGUUUAACUCGCGCCGGCAAAUGAAGAGCAAGGAAGAGUACCGCAAGCAGAAACGCGCGGAUCCCAGUCGACUGUGUGCCCCGAGAAUUUCUUCCACAGCCAACCCGUUUAUUUGCAAAAAUUGAAUCGAACGUACUGGUAGUGCGACGUUGCCGGUUGUAUUUAGAAUUAAAUGGGCACUCGGAUAGGCGGCUUGGGGGCCGGUUUGCCGGGCGACAAGGCCCUGGCCGGCGUCCCGAGGCUGCUCGACGAUCUCCAACAGCUGCUGCAAGACACCGAUUCGGCGGACGUGGUGUUCGUGCUGGGCCGGGACGAGGAACGGGUGCACGCGCAUCGCGUCAUCCUAAUGGCCAGAUGCAGGAGCUUCCAGAAGGCGAAGCGCGGCGAGAUAUGCCGGAUACCCGGCUGCAGUGUAUCACCGGCGGCGCCGGGGACUCCCACGCCCAUCAGGUUACCCCAAACGGCCCCCGAAACGUUCAAACAGUUCCUGUUGUACGUCUACACCGGAAAGAUUCUUCUGCAAGACAACGGGGUGUUCGAGAUGAUGGCCCUAGCUCAGGAAUUGGGCGUCGACGAAUUGCGCAACGCCUGCGAAGAUCACGUGACUUCUACGUUGUCCGUUCCGAGCGCAUGCACGUUCCUGUCCGCCGCUAUGGAUAUACACGAUAAAUCGCCGGGCGGUAAAGCUGCUUCUGGUUUCGUGGAAAGAUGCGUCAGCUUCGUGGGCGAAAACGCCUCGGAAUGCGUCCGAACCAACUCGUUUCUGAGCCUACCCAAAGAAGCUGUAAUCAAAGUGAUAUCGUCCGAUUACUUGUGUUUAGAAGAAGAAGACGUCUGGAGGGCCGUCCUCAACUGGGCCAAAUACCAAGCGGGCGUCACCCAACCAACAGCCCAUUGGACCGAGGAGGAACGCGCCAGAGUUUGCCAACACCUAUCGUUGGUCAUCAAACACGUGCGACUCUUACUCAUAGACAGCCAAGUGUUCGCCGAAGAGGUGGAACCGACGGGCGCCGUGCCGAUGGAGCUGAGCCUGGAACGCUACCGGCACGCCGCGCUGCCCAGCAAGUACCCCGAGGCGUCGGAGGACCAGCGGCUGAAGCCGCGCAUAUCGCCCCACACGUUUCCCGGCUCGACGAUCCUCGGCCAGGACAAGAGCCACUUCCAGCGCAUACUGAACGCCUGGUACGGCAACGCCCGCCAGAGCUGGAGGCUCGUCUAUCGGGCCAGCAGCCACGGCUAUUCGGCGGCGACGUUUCACAGGCACUGCGAUAGCGUGUCGCCCACGUACGUCAUCGUUUUGGGUACCCGGGGUGAGAUAUGCGGAGGUUUCAGCGACGCCGUGUGGGGCAGGCCGCAGGGGAAGAGCCAUUACAUACAUUCCGAACGAGCUUUUAUAUUCACCCUGUACAAUCACCAAGACGUGUCUCCGACUCAGUUCCAUUUGGUGAAGAAACCGUUCGCUAUCUGCUACCAUCCCGAUUCGGGGCCGAUAUUCGGGGCGGGCGCGGAUUUGCUGAUAUCCAGCAAUUGUAACAUGAACAUGGACAGUUAUUCCAACUUGCCUCACACGUACGACGGCGACGGGGCUUCCCCUUCGGUGCUGAUGGGCGAAUACAAUUUCACCGUGGCCGAUUACGAGGUGUUUACGCCGUUCAACGUCGCCUCCAAAGUCAAUAAAUAACGAAUUUUGCAUCGUUUGUUUCCCUUAUUUUGUACUGAUUAAUAAUAAAAGGAAUAUCUAAUUA